AUGAUACUCGGAUAUGUUACUAGAUACGCCGAAUUUCGUCGCUUUCAAAUUGAACCAGAAUUGACGACAACCCCGCCAACAUACCCAUCUAUUCUUUCAAUUUUCGGGAGGACAUUCGCUUUUGUAGCUUUCCCCAAGAAUCUUCUAUACACUGCUACUACAUAUGGUGAGGUCCAACGCCCCAUCUGUAUGCCUCUGCUGGCUGGGAGCGUCUAUAUCGUCCAAGGGAAACGACACAUCCAGAGUCUAUGGAAGGCAUCCGCAAAGUCCAGCUCAACAGCAUUGCACAUCUUUACACUCCAAUACUGGUUUGCCAUGCCUCAGAAGACUAUCAGGCGAUACGCAGCAGACAACUCCGGUUUCGGUCCUAAGCCUCAUCCAGGGAGCAAUGUGAAGCCGAAUAACCGAACAGAUCGAAUUAGCCACAUCGUAUUCAAGGAGUCCUUAGCCGGCCCUGAUGCACCGUCCAUUUGCCAGAAUUUUGCUGUGCGGUUCUCCCAAAGAAUCACCGGUCUUGAGAUCGCUGAUACGUGGACAAGAAUGCCAGAUCUCGUCGAGUUUUUCCAGGAGCAUAUGACGCCUGCAAACACUGAAUCGCUGUGGGGUCUCCACCUAACCGAAAACACGUCGUACUGCUCCGAUUUCUGGGCAUUCACUAGUCGUCUUCAGUAUUUAUCAUAUCGCUUUCCACAAUGGCUGAUCCCAAAUUUGCACGCACGGAGAGAUCGGCUUUUGGCUGCGAUGAAGCAGUGGCAACACCAUGGGACGGACAACCAGACUCCUCCCUGGGAACAAAAGGGAUAUGAUGUCCAAUAUUGGGGUUCCCCGACGAUGCGAAAGUGGCAGAAAAUGUUUCGUGAUAUGGACGAUUCCGAUGACGACGGCAUGGCGUCUGUAAAUCUGGCUUUUUCAUGGGCAGUGAACUCGAAUGUUAUCCCGUCUGCCUUCUGGACUGUUCUCGAAGUCUUCCAACGACCAAAACUGCUUGCUGAAGUGCGGAGCAGGCUUCCGCGCAUAAGUUCGACAUCAGAUUUGCUCCACGUCAUCUCCCAGCCAGAGCACAGAGCGGCAUUUUGUGCUGAUCCUUUGCUGCAAUCCAUCUUCGCCGAAACCCUUCGACUGAAGGUCCAUGUCUACACCGCGCGGCGAUUCAUCCACAAUAGUAUCGACUUGGGCGGUUGGGAGAUUCCACAGGACAAACUCUGCCUCGUGUCAUCCCAUCCAGCUCAUAGACAUGGGAAAGAAUGGAAUACCGCGGAGGGUAAACGUCCUUUAGAUGAAUUCUGGCCGCAUAGAUUUCUUUUCCAUCCGGGAUCCAUCCCAGUGUCUUCAGACUUCGAUUCAACGCAAACGCUUAGUACAGAUAAUAGCGGGGUUUACUUUUCUCUUGAGGGCCUCGAAGGGUGUUGGAUUCCAUUUGGUGGUGGGCCGAGGGGUUGCCCAGGUCAGAAGUUAGCAAAGCACCACAUGAUUACAGUGCUGGUUGCAAUGGUACUUCUCUUUGAUAUUGACGUCCUCGCCGAUGAGAAGGCUCUUCGGCUUGAUGAGACCAAAUAUGGAGCAGGUGCUCUGCAUCCGAUGGGUAAAAUAUCAUAUAGGAUAAGGAGAAAAUUCUGA